AUGGAGAGUGAAGCAUCUAUGGGAGAGUCAGUAAUAUUUAAUGGGAAAAGCAAAUCAAAUCCGAGUUGUGACUCUAAACUGAUCCAAAGCACAUUUAAAUCAAAUCUUAUGAAGACAUUUCAGUGUCUGUAUGAAGGAAAAGACAAGCAGCGAAACCCAACACUCCUGAAUGAGACCUACACAGAGCUCUACAUCACAGAGAGUGAGAGUGGAGAGAUCAAUAAUGAGCAUGAGGUGAGACAGAUUGAGACACAGUACAGGAGAGCAGCAACAGAGGACACACCAAUCAAAUGCAGUGACAUCUUUAUACCUUCACCUGGACAAGACAAAGCCAUCAGAACUGUGCUGACAAAGGGAGUCGCUGGCAUUGGAAAAACAGUCUCUGUGCAGAAGUACAUUGUGGACUGGGCUGAAGGGAAAGAGAAUCAGGACGUCCAGCUCAUAUUUCCACUUCCUUUCAGAGAGCUCAACUUGAUGAAGGACAAAACACUCAGUCUUUUAGAUCUUCUUCAUGACUUUUUCCCUGAAACAAAAGAAAUUCAAAUAUCUAGUAGUGAAUAUAAAGUGUUGUUCAUCUUCGAUGGUCUGGAUGAGUGUCGUCUGUCUCUGGACUUUCAGAGUAAUAUGAGGUUGUGUGAUGUGAGUGAAUCAGUCUCAGUGAACGUGCUGCUGAUGAACCUCAUUCUGGGGAAUCUGCUUCCCUCUGCUCUCAUCUGGAUCACCUCCAGACCAGCAGCAGCUGAUCUCGUCCCCUCUGAGUGUGUCCAUCGAGUGACCGAGGUACGAGGCUUCAACGACCCACAGAAGGAGGAAUACUUCAGGAAGAGAAUCAGUGAUCGGAGUCUGGCCGACAGGAUCAUCUCACACCUGAAGUCAUCAAGGAGCCUCCACAUCAUGUGCCACAUCCCAGUGUUCUGCUGGAUCUCAGCCACUGUUCUGGAGAAGAUGUUGAGUCCAGCAGAGAGUGGAGAGAUUCCCAAGACUCUCACUCAAAUGUACACACACUUCCUGAUCAUUCAGACCAAUAUCAGACAUAAGAAGGACUAUGUGAAGAACGUGAAAGAUGAAGACAUGAUCCUCAAACUGGGCAAAGUGGCUUUUGAGCAGCUUGUGAAAGGCAACCUGAUCUUCUAUGAGCAAGACCUGAGAGAAUGUGACAUUGAUGAGACAGAAGCAUCAGUGUACUCAGGAUUGUGCACUCAGAUCUUCAGAGAAGAGUCAGGCUUGUUUAAGGGGAAAGUCUUCUGCUUUGUUCAUCAGAGCAUCCAGGAACAUCUAGCUGCCCUAUAUGCACACCUCUCCUUCACACAUGACAACAUCUGUGUGUUUGACCAAACCAAAGAAAAGUUCUCUAAAGCUGUAAACUGGUUUAAAUAUAAUUCAGUAUAUGAGCUGCAUCAGAGAGCUGUGGAUGAGGCUUUACAGAGUAAGAAUGGACAUCUGGAUCUUUUCCUGCGUUUUCUUCUGGGUCUGUCACUGGAGUCCAAUCAGACUCUCUUACGAGAACUACUGACACAGACAGGAAGCUGCUCCUACAACAAAGAGGAAACAGUUCAGUACAUCAAGCAAAAGAUCAGGAAGAAUCAAUCUCCAGAGAGAUCCAUCAAUCUGUUCCACUGUCUGAAUGAACUGGGUGAAAAUUCACUGAUGCAGGAGAUCCAACAUUAUCUGAAAUGUGGAAAAAUAGGAGAAACCAAACUCUCCUCUUCACAGUGGUCAGCUCUGGUUUAUGUGUUGCUGACAUCAGAGCAGGAGAUGGAUGUUUUUGAUCUAAAAUUGUUUAUUGGAACUCAAAAUACAGCAGACAAAGUUCUUCAGAAGCUGCUGCCUGUGGUUAAAGUAUCCAGAUCAGUUCAGUUAAGUAAGUGUGGCAUCACAGAUGAAGGCUGUGCUGCUCUGACUUCAGCUCUGAGAUCAAACCUUGAACACCUGAGAGAACUACAUCUAUCAUUGAAUGAACUAGGAGACUCAGGAGUGAAUCUGCUCUCUGAUCUACUGAAGGAUCCUCAAUGUAAACUGGAAACACUGUGGUUGAAUCAUUGUGGAAUUACAAAUGAAGGUUGUGCUGCUCUAACUUUAGCUCUGAGAUCAAACCCCUCACACCUGAGAAAACUGGAUCUGACUGGAAAUAUACUAGGAGAUUCGGGAAUGAAGCUGAAGGAUCUACUGAAGGAUCCUGAUUGUAAACUGGAGACACUGUGGUUGUGUAAUUGUGAAGUCACAGAUGAAGGUUGUGCUGCUCUGGCUUCAGCUCUGAGAUCAAACCCCUCACACCUGAGAGAACUGAAUCUGUCAUGGAAUAAACUAGGAGACUCAGGAGUGAAGCUGCUCUCUGAUCGACUUAAGGAUCCUCAAUGUAAACUGGAAACACUGUGGUUGAGUGAUUGUGGAGUCACAGAUGAAGGUUGUGCUGCUCUGACUUCAGCUCUGAGAUCAUACCCCUCACACCUGAGAGAACUGAAUCUGACUGGAAAUAAACUAGGAGAUUCAGGAGUGAAGCUGCUCUCUGAUGGACUGAAGGAUCCUCACUGUAAACUGGAAAAACUGUGGCUGAGUUAUUGUGGAGUCACAGGUGAAGGUUGUGCUGCUCUGGCUUCAGCUCUGAGAUCAAACCCCUCACACCUGAGAAAACUGUAUCUGACUGGAAAUGAAUUUAGGGACUUAGAUGUGAAUCUGCUUUCUAGUCUGAAUGACGAUCCACAUAAUAACCUGCUUGAGUUUUAGUCUGACUUUUUCUGAAUCAACUGAUGGUGACUAAAGAGCCACUACAGACAGACAUCAUAUUCAACAGAAUCAAUAGACACAAACUCAUAGUGAUCAUCACACACGUGUGUUUGUGUAAAUUUAAUGGUCCAGUCCUUUAUUUGAAGUAAAAAAAAAAAGAUUUUUAUGACAGUUGUACUGGUACCACAUUUUACACAAUAUUGCCAGUUGUUUUUGACACUCUGUAUAUUUUCUGUUUAAUUCUUAUUACUGUAGAUUUCAAUCAAUGUAAUACAAAUAUUAAUUGUCUUGGUACGGUAUUAAAAAAACUGCACUCUGAAAGUAAAA